UAUUAGAUUUAUCUAUAGAGAAUGGGAGGGAUGAGAUUUGACACUCUAUGAUGCAGGAACAAUACAGUCAGAGAUUGGAUAGGAACCAUGCUCCCAUAGACAGAAUCCUAAACAGAAUAUCUGACUUCCUUUUAGAGAACUCUAUAGAUGAGUUAGAAUUACAGUUAGGGUUUUAAGAUUUUCAAUUCCACCUAAAAUUUUAUACCCAGUGAAAAUAUGCUCAAAAAAUGUUGGUGAACUCAAUUUUCACUCUCUCGGUAUAAUUCUAAAAUAUCAUACGUGAGCAAAUGAGAUAGGAAGCAUCAUAAGUAAUAGCUUAUUUAUGUCGCUUUCCUGAUAACCGAUAGUAAAGUUAUAAAUGAAGGAGCCAGAUUUAAUAGUCAAACAAGACAUUUUUAGUGCAAUUAUUAAACCUCAAUGAGCA